CAACCAGGGUCAGGAAGGUGAGAUCCAGCAGAUAGUGAUCAGACACUCUUUGGUUGUUGUCAUCACCCUUCUAGAUACCACAUCUGAAGAAGAAAUCCAAAAAAAGGGGAGGUGGACAUUAAAUGCCACAUUGUCGGUUAUAUACUGAUGAAGAGAAAGAGGUCUGUGGAUGGCGUGGCUGCCUAAAACACAGACUUUUAGAAAAUGUUGAAUCUGCUGGACAUUUCCAAGUCAAUUUUUUCCCGGAGCAUUUGCUCACAGCUGACCAGACAACGGGCUGCUGGACCCACAACAGGCUGUUGAUGAACCACAAUUCAUUGAGAUGACAUAGGGAAAGGGUCAAGGACAAUGGUGCAGAAAAAGAAGAGCUGCCCUCGGUUACUCGACUACCUUGUUAUCAUUGGAGCCAGGCAGCCAAGUAGUGAUAGUGUUGCUCAAACUCCUGAGCUGCUACGACGUUAUCCUCUAGAAGACCACGUGGACUUUCCUCUACCACCUGACGUUGUGUUCUUCUGCCAACCAGAAGGAUGCCUGAGUGUGCGACAGAAACGCAUGAGCUUCCGUGAUGACACUUCUUUUGUCUUCACGCUCACAGACAAGGAUACAGGUGUCAUUCGCUAUGGAAUCUGUGUCAACUUCUACCGCUCCUUUCAGAAGCGAGUACCCAAGGAGAAGGGAGAAGGCACAGGAGGACAUCGAGCUCGGGAGGGACAGAAAAUCACUAAGUCUGGGGAUGCGUCUGCACCCCAAGAGGAUGUGGGCACUGAGAGUUCAGAGAGUGGUUCUUCACUGCAGGCCCCAAGUACAGAGCCUACCCCAGAUGUGAAUCGGUCGCCACACAGUAAGCGUCUGGCCAAAGGCAGCCAUCGUUCUCGAAACAGCACCCUGACUUCUCUGUGCAUCCUUAGUCACUAUCCCUUCUUCUCCACCUUCCGCGAGUGUCUGUACACCCUCAAGAGACUUGUGGACUGCUGUAGUGAGAGACUGUUGGGCAAGAAGCUGGGGAUUCCUCGUGGGGUUCAGAGGGAUACGAUGUGGAGAAUUUUCACAGGCUCACUUCUGGUGGAGGAGAAGUCCAGCGCCUUGCUACAUGACUUGCGGGAGAUCGAGGCCUGGAUAUACCGGCUGCUGCGCUCACCCAUGCCUGUCGCUGGUCAGAAGCGGGUGGAUGUGGAAGUUUUGCCUCAUGAGUUGCAGCCAGCUUUGACAUUUGCCCUUCCUGAUCCAUCCCGCUUCACCUUGGUGGAUUUUCCAUUACAUUUGCCUUUGGAGUUGCUGGGAGUGGAUGCCUGUCUUCAGGUGCUGACCUGCAUCCUUCUGGAGCACAAGGUUGUACUGCAGUCCCGAGAUUAUAAUGCGCUCUCAAUGUCUGUGAUGGCCUUUGUGGCUAUGAUCUACCCGUUAGAAUAUAUGUUUCCGGUGAUCCCUCUGCUCCCCACCUGCAUGGCCUCUGCAGAACAGUUGCUUCUAGCGCCUACACCUUACAUCAUUGGUGUUCCAGCAAGUUUCUUCCUUUACAAACUAGAUUUUAAAAUGCCUGAUGAUGUAUGGCUUAUUGACCUGGAUACCAAUAAGGUGAUUGUUCCCACAAAUGCAGAAUCUUUGCCGGCACUUCCAGAACCAGAAGCUUCGGAGUUGAAAAAGCAUCUGAAACAGUGUCUGGUUAGCAUGACUGCAAUCACUCAGCAACAGCUGCUCACUCCUGACAACAAGGCACUGGCCAGCAUGAGUCUGAAUACUCAGCCCAUUCUUAAUCUAGAGAAGUUCCACGAAGGGCAGGAGGUGCCGCUGCUGCUGGGAAGACCACAGAAUGAUUUGCAGUCUACUCCCUCCACAGAAUUCAACCCUCUGAUCUAUGGAAAUGAUGUGGACUCUGUGGAUGUGGCUACCAGGGUUGCUAUGGUGAGAUUCUUCAACUCGCCAAACGUUUUGCAAGGGUUCCAGAUGCAUACUCGCACUCUUCGUCUUUUUCCACGACCAGUAGUGGCCUUCCAGGCAAAUUCCUUUCUUGCUUCUAGGCCAAAGCAAACACCUUUUGCGGAUAAGCUUUCCAGGACACAAGCAGUAGAAUACUUUGGAGAAUGGUCACUCAACCCGACGAACUAUGCUUUUCAAAGGAUUCAUAACAAUAUGUUUGACCCAGCACUGAUUGGUGACAAACCAAAGUGGUAUGCCCACCAGCUGCAGCCCAUCCACUAUCGUGUCUAUGACAGUAACUCACAACUAGCUGAAGCACUGAAUGUCCCAGUAGAAAAGGAAACGGACUCUGACCCCACUGAUGACAGCAGUGGCAGCGACAGUGUCGACUAUGAUGACUCAAGUUCCUCCUACUCUUCCCUUGGUGACUUUGUCAGUGAGAUGAUGAAAUGUGACAUUAAUGGCGAUACUCCAAAUGUUGACCCCCUGACUCACGCAGCCCUUGGUGAUGCCAGUGAAGUGGAGUUUGAUGAUUUUCAAGAAUAUUCAGGAGAUCUGGAUGAACAGGCCAUGGACAGUGAGAACUCCCAAGAGAACAACCAGCCUCGUUCAAGUUCCAGUACUACAGCCAGUAGCAGCCCCAGUACUGUUAUCCAUGGAGUGAAUCAUGAGUCUGCAGAAUCAGCAGAGAUGGAGGAGAAGCUAGUUGCUGGAUUUUCAAACCAUCUCCCGUCUUUGCCACUACAACCAAGCUUUCCCAAGAUGAGCUUUGAUCGACGUGAGAGUGACAGCCCAGCUGUCAGCAUGAGCUCCUCAGAAGGGGUGGUGAGGAAACGAGAGUAUGAUAAUCCAUACUUCGAACCACAGUAUGGUUUUCCUACAGAGGAUGAAGAUGAUGAGCAGGAAGAGAGCUACACACCAAGAUUUAACCAGAAUCUCAAUGGAAGCAGGUCUCAGAAGUUACUUCGUCCAAACAGUUUAAAACUGGCCAAUGAUUCUGAUGCAGAUUCAGACUCCAGGGCCAGCUCUCCAAACUCUACUGUCUCCAACAACAGCAGUGAAGGUUUUGGGGGCAUCAUGUCUUUUGCAAGCAGCCUGUAUAGAAACCACAGCACAAGUUUCAGUCUGUCCAACUUAGCCCUGCCAACCAAAGUUGGGAGAGACAAGAAUACCCCGUUUCCCAGCCUGAAAGAUUACUUUAAUCUGGAAGUGGGAAGGGAUGUGAAUGAAGUAUUUGGGUUAAAUACUAUAAUGGAGAUUAUUACUGAAGCUGGCCCAGUAAGCAAUGAAGGAAACAGGAGAGCCCUGGUGGAUCAAAAGUCUUCAGUCAUCAAGCAUAGCCCAACCGUGAAGAGAGAAUCUCCAUCACCUCAGGGACGAAGUAGUAAUUCCAGUGAGAACCAGCAAUUCCUGAAGGAGGUGGUACACAAUGUUCUUGAUGGGCAAGGUGUUGGCUGGCUGAACAUGAAGAGAGUCCGACGUCUGCUGGAGAGUGAGCAGCUCCGUGUCUUUGUACUAAGCAAGCUAAAUCGCACGAUCCAGUCGGAAGAAGAUGCUCAGCAGGAUAUCAUACAGGAUGUGGAGAUCAGCCGCAAAGUUUAUAAAGGCAUGCUGGACUUGCUAAAGUGUACUGUGUUGAGCCUGGAGCAGUCGUACGCGAAUGCUGGCCUGGGAGGCAUGGCCAGUGUUUUUGGCCUUCUAGAAAUAGCACAUACUCACUACUACAACAAAGAACCAGAAAAGAGAAAACGAAGCCCAACGGACGGAUCUGUCACUCCAGUUGGCAAAGAUCCUGCAUCAUCUCCUAGAGUGGAGCCAAAACCUGCCAUGCAGCUGCCAGUACCACAGCUGAUGCCGAAGGCACCAAGCCCUGCAGGGAAAGGGCUAAGGGAGUUUGAUACAAGGAGUCUAAAGGAAGAAAAUUUUAUUGCUUCCAUUGAAUUGUGGAACAAGCACCAGGAAGUGAAAAAGCAAAAAGCUUUGGAAAAAACGAGGCCAGAAGGUGCAAAACACUUUGAUUUGGGAGAAACAGAUGAGAAAAAAUCCCAAAUCAGUGCAGACAGCGGCCUCAGUUUGACCUCAGGUUCUCAGAAGAGUGACUUUGACUCUGUUCCCAGUGGAGGACCAUCAGUUAUGGUCCGAAGUACCAGCCAGGAUUCUGAAGUUAGCACAGUGGUUAGUAACAGCUCUGGGGAGACACUAGGAGCGGACAGUGACUUGAGUAGCAAUGCCGGUGAUGGCCCAGGUGUGGAAAACGGAAGCAAUCUGACAGGAUCCAGGGGCACUGUGUCAGACAGUGAAAUUGAGACAAACUCUGCUACUAGCUCCAUUUUUGCAAAGUCUCAUAACUUGAAGCAGAAUGUAAAGGAAAACAAAGGCAGUACUCCAGGGAAAGGUCCAGAGGAUGGGAACCAGCGCGUCUAUCUCUAUGAAGGACUUCUAGGUAGGGAUAAAGGAUCUGUCUGGGACCAGUUAGAGGAUGCUGCAAUGGAAACCUUCUCUAUGAGCAAAGAGCGCUCAACAUUGUGGGACCAGAUGCAGUUCUGGGAAGAUGCCUUUUUGGAUGCUGUGAUGUUAGAGAGAGAAGGAAUGGGCAUGGAUCAGGGACCCCAGGAGAUGAUUGACAGAUAUCUCUCCCUGGGAGAACAUGAUCGAAAGCGUCUGGAGGAUGAUGAAGACCGUCUAUUGGCUACAUUGCUACAUAAUAUGAUUGCCUAUAUGCUUAUGAUAAAGGUGAAUAAGAAUGACAUUAGGAAAAAGGUGCGUCGUCUGAUGGGAAAAUCACAUAUUGGAUUGGUGCACAGCCAGCAAUUAAAUGAUAUUCUAGACAAGCUUGCUAACCUGAAUGGACGGGAACUCCCUGUGAGACCCAGCGGCAGCCGCCACAUCAAGAAGCAGACUUUUGUAGUCCAUGCUGGGACAGACACUACGGGAGAUAUAUUUUUCAUGGAGGUGUGUGAUGACUGCAUCGUGCUGAGAAGCAACAUUGGAACCGUGUAUGAACGUUGGUGGUAUGAGAAACUCAUCAACAUGACUUACUGUCCCAAAACAAAAGUCCUGUGUCUCUGGCGGAGGAAUGGUCAGGAAACACAACUGAACAAGUUCUACACUAAGAAGUGUCGGGAAUUAUACUACUGUGUAAAAGACAGCAUGGAGCGAGCAGCAGCAAGACAGCAAAGCAUUAAGCCAGGCCCUGAGUUGGGUGGUGAGUUUCCUGUGCAGGAUAUGAAAACUGGUGAAGGAGGUCUUCUGCAGGUGACACUGGAAGGAAUUAACCUGAAAUUUAUGCACAGUCAGGAGCGGAAGGUUUUCAUAGAGCUGAAUCACAUUAAAAAGUGCAAUACUGUGCGAGGAGUCUUUGUCCUGGAGGAAUUUGUUCCUGAAACUAAAGAAGUGGUGAGCCACAAGUACAAGACGCCAAUGGCUCACGAGAUCUGCUACUCCGUGCUGUGUCUCUUCUCUUAUGUGGCUGCCAUUCGUGGGAAAGAGGCAGAAAACAAAAGCAAACCACCUCGUCCAGUUUCCAGUUGAUCAUGAUAUUGGAAAAUACCUACCCUAUGGCACACUGGUGUGCAGUAUUUGCAUUUUUACUGCAGUUACUGGAGCUCACUUUCUUGUCUUCUAUGAGAACUUGGUUAUUUAUGUAUGACCCUGUGAGUCUUUCCCCAUAGAAAAAUCUAAGACUUCAUUGCUCAGUCUCCUUCUGAAUUCAUCCUUAGUGGAGUUUUUAUAUGAGCAGUUCAUCAGACAGUUUUGAGCAUCAGCGUCCAGCCAUUCCCUGGAAUCCUUUUUUUCUUUUUUCCACCUUAAGAUGACUAAUAUGGCUUAAGUUCAGUUGGUUUUUGUUUCUAGUGGUACUUGUUCCAGACUUAUCACUUUACAACUGCAGAUUUCUACUUUGCAGUUCUCUUGUGUGCAGUGAAAGCAGUCUGGUUCUGCACGUUGUUUAAAUGUAAUGUUUUUUACUGUUUUCCUUCUAUGUUGUUCACUUUUACCCACCAACAUGGAGUUCUCCACACCCUUUUGGUAAAGAUGGUCAAGUUAGCUACUAUAGUCAUAAAAUACCACAUGUGACAAUGGCAGUUGGGUUAUUAAAUUGGUCUAUCUGUGGAGAUGGCUGCUUCUGAAGUGGGAAAAAAAGGAAAUUUGAAAGCAAUGUAUCAUGAAAACCCCCGACAUCCCUUAAGUUGUGUGGAUUUUAGAUUGGAUGGGAGUUUGGAUAAUGUUUGUGGGCAUCCCAGCAGUGUAGCUGAUAGCAGUUAAUCACAGGGAGCAGAAAAUGAAAAAGGAAGUGUAGUAACUUGUAAGCAUUAAUGACAGAAGCUCUUGUAAUGUACCAAUGUAAUUCUGGAUUUGUAACUAUACAAGACAUUUCUAUAGUAACAUGCAGAAUGUGCUCAGAAGCUCAAAGGAUUACUCUGUCUCCAAAAUUUUCAGUCUGUUGCUUUUUUUCAGUCUGUACUUUUGUAUAUCAAGGAAUCUCAAAAUACUGUGUUAAUGUGUAAUGAAACUCCCUCAGUUAAUACUCUCCAUCGCAUUCCUUAUUUUAAGUAGAUUGAAUAUGAAUGUUUUUUUGCAUCCUGUUUUUGUUACUGAACUGUACUGCACUUGUCUGGAAAGCUCUCAGGAUACCGGGAGGUGAGACUGUCUAGAGAAAAAUAAUACUUGUGAAAUAUAUGGAAAAAUGCUCUUGAUGCAAACUGAUGUAUGUUUUAACAUAGGAUUCUGUGUAAAUGAACCUGGAAAUAACCCUGUUCUGGCUUUGUCAGGGGUCUAUUAUUUUGAAUGGAAUACACUAGUAAUGAGUGAGGAAAAUAUGUAAAUAUUAUGGUACAACAUCUAUUUAUAGAAACUGUACAGCUGUCUGAAUGUGAAAAUAAAAUGUCAUUCAACCAGUGA